AUGGCUCUCAAGCGCAUCAACAAGGAGCUUACCGAUCUCGGCCGAGACCCUCCCUCUUCCUGUUCAGCCGGUCCCAUUGGAGAUGAUCUGUUUCACUGGCAAGCAACCAUCAUGGGUCCUGGCGACUCACCAUAUUCCGGCGGUGUCUUCUUCCUAGCGAUCCAUUUCCCAACCGACUACCCCUUCAAGCCCCCGAAGGUCAACUUCACCACCCGCAUCUACCACCCCAACAUCAACUCAAACGGCAGCAUCUGUUUGGACAUUCUGCGAGACCAAUGGAGCCCAGCUCUCACCAUCUCAAAGGUGCUACUGAGUAUCUGCUCGAUGUUGACAGACCCGAACCCUGACGAUCCGCUCGUCCCCGAGAUUGCACACGUCUACAAGACCGACCGGUCCCGCUACGAAUCGACGGCGCGCGAGUGGACCCGAAAGUACGCCAUCUAG